UAGAGAUUAUUUUCAUACGUCGAAUGGUACUCUAGGUAUCUCGUAUGUCCGGCCUUUAUUCGUUAAACGGCGUAGUGGAGCGGUAUCUUUUUCCAAGGCACCGCAAAUAGUUGCUUCUCACGGUGAGUUUUCGUUCGAUCGUCCGACGUAAGUCGAUUCCGAUUCAAGUCCUGAGUCUCGACGAUCUACGAGCGCAACUCGCCAUUCCGAGGGGGAUACAGCUUUCCAGCCGUAGCACGAGGAGAAAGGAUCACGCAGCCAUGGGCGUGGAUGUCGAAGUCUUGAAUCCUGGAGACGGUCAAACCUACCCAAAGACUGGGCAAACAGUAGUCGUGCAUUAUACAGGUACCCUUGCCAAUGGGAAGAAAUUUGAUUCCAGCAGGGACCGUGGUAUACCGUUUAAGUUCAAAAUUGGCAAGGGCGAGGUAAUUAAAGGCUGGGACCAAGGGGUUGCACAAAUGUGCGUCGGGCAGCGGGCCAAGCUGACCUGCUCUCCAGACUUCGCUUAUGGUAGCCGAGGCCACCCUGGAAUUAUCCCGCCAAAUGCCGUUCUCAUCUUCGACGUGGAGCUUCUGAAGGUGGAGCCUUGAAAUACCUCUUAGAGUGUACCAAACUUGACCAAACGCAUUUCAAGAAAGAAAAAAUGAAAAAAAAAAUGAAACUUAUCAAAUUAUGUUAAGUAGUCGUUGCACGAAUGGCACAUCCUACUCUAAUGCCUUAAUUCAAUCGCUCGUACAUUAAAAGCUAUAUUUGCGAUUUUCGCGAAGUAAUAUAUGGAGGAGUUGGAAAAGUCGGUUCCCCCCCACCCCCUGACGGACCACAAAGAAACGACGUACAAUUUAUACAAUGUAUAAAUUGCGGAUCAAUACUCUCAAACAUUGUCGCAUAGCUGUUAGGACUGUAAGGUCGUGUAUUAAUAUAUGUAGUUCGAUUACCUGCUCUCCAAGAGAUGCUACUUAACUUGUGUACUUGAUUUGAAACUCGACUAAUCGUGUUCCUAUUAAUGAGCGGUUGAAUAAAGGGACCCUCCAGAUAUUUAUGAAAAUUUAACCUGUGUUCAUUCCAUUUACCACGUGUUUUCGGUGAUCCUUCUAUAGUAUUUUGUACAAAGAUUCAAUAAAGAAAAAGAACAAUUGAUAAUGUAACGCUGCAGGUUUUCAUAGAAUAAACUGCAAUAAAAAGUUUCUAUCUUUCUCUGCUUCCUCGAGCAUUAUACAUCAUUUUUUUCAUAUAUUGUAUGAACAAGUAAUUGGAAACACAAAUGUAAGAAGGAUAAGCAUUGCACUAUAAUAAAUCUUUUUCCAGGUUGA